AUGCCGGACAUUCGUGUCGAAGCUGCCAGUGAGCAAGAUAUUCCUCGCCUCAUGGAAAUUGUGAUCCCAGCCUUUGAGGCAGGUGAAUACCCUCAGAUUGUCGGCGACACGAACACCACGGAAAACUUGCUCGCCGCCGGUAGCCGCCAUCUCUUUGCCUGGCAAGAGCAUGCUCGCAGCUUCUCUCAUCCAGUCGGGAUCAAAUGCGUUUAUACCGACGUUUUCUCUGGGAAAGAAAGCAUUAUUGCAAGUGCAGAAUGGCUCGUAUACGAUCGCCCACGUUCCGAGCAAGAGUUCAUCCAGCCCAGCUACCUGCUGACUGCAGAUUGGGUAUCCGAUCAUGUUGAACGACAAAAGGCAAGGGAUCUGCUCCGACCCAUGCUAGACAAACGCAUCGAAUGGUUCGCGGGGAGGCCCUAUACAUUGCUCAUUUACAUGGCUACUGAUCCUGUGUUCCGGCGGAAAGGUGCUGCCAGUGCUUGCGUGCAGUGGGGCCUCGAUAGGUGUGUCAAACUCGGGAUUCCUGCGUACUUGGAAGCCAGCGAGGCCGGUGCUCCAGUCUACGAGCGAUUGGGGUUCCAAGUCUGCGAUAGUGUACAGACCGGCUCUGCAACUUGUGCUGUGAUGAUUUGGUGGCCCCCGAACAUGGAUCCCGACCAGAGGAAGCCUGUGCUCAAUGCUGCCGACGUGAGGAGAAUCAGGGGCGAGAACGUUUAA